GUCAUCAUUUCGCUUUUUGGUGUGGCUUUGGCCGCCAACGCCAUCAAUGCCGAAGAUGGAGUUGCUCCAGCAGCAUUCCAAGACUCCAGCGCUGCCGCUAGGCGAAACGAUAAACGAGCCAUCGGACUGGUAGACACCACCGGACUAAGCUACGACUACACCGCCCUUCAUCAUCACCCGGUUGCUGUGGCUGCUCCAGUAGCUGCUUCCACUACCGUCGUCAAAUCCGCUGGCUAUCAUGGACUUCCUGUGAGUGCUGGAUACACCAACCUUGGCCUGGACAGACUGGGCUACAGCGGAAUCUAUCAUCCAGUGACCACCGGAUACACCACCAGCUACCAGACCGGAUACGGAGGUCUCGGUUACGGUUCGGGAAUCCCAGUGGCCUCGGCAGCUGCCGGAUACGGAAAGUUGGUCCACCCCGGAACUACCACGUACCAGAAGGUGGUCCAAACCUAUCCUCAUCUGGGAUCAACAGUGGGAGCCGUGGCACCAGCUCUGGGUUACACCAGUUUGGCCGGAUAUCAUCCCGCAGGAUUGCUCUACUAAACCUUAGCUCACCUCAAUUUACGGAAGUCCUCAAAACCAAA